AUGAUUUGUGGUGGUGGUGGUAGUUUAUCCGUUCCGGAAACGUGGAAUCAACAUGUCAACGAUGUUGUGAAUCGUAGCCGAUCCGAACGUGUUAACAGUCGAAAACUGCGUGAGAAUAUUGGAAAUACUUUGGCCCAGAUUGCGCAAUACCUGUCUGAUCACUGGAAUGAUGUGAACGCUACCCUGGCGGAACGUAUUCGGGAAGUGACCGAAGCAAGAAAUCAAAUCCAAGCUAGUCUUGGGCAUGUACGUCCGUAA